CCAAUCUCAGAUCUGUGGAACUCAUCUUGGGUUUAUUGGAAGAACGAAAAUUUUGGGAAAUUUCGAGCCACUCUUCCUUCGCCCUGGAAACAUAUCGAUAUAUAACAGUUUUUGGCUACCGAUACGCGAUAUCGUUUGUUAUUUUUCCGUUGGGCUCUUGAUGUGAGCAUUCGCAAUUGCAAUCCGUAACUAGUUUUAUAUCAUGACCGAGGCAAUGCCAACAUAUAACAGCGAUUCGGUGGCGCCAAGGUUUAAGUACCAGCGCAUUCGCAAUGAUAAUCUGCGACAAAUACUCAAAACCGAUGUGAUCACCUGCAGUGCUGUACAUUCCAAGUUUCUGAUAGUUGGCACAAACCGAGGAUAUGUCUAUAUGUUGAAUCACGAAGGUAAAUCAGUGGAGUCUAAUUUGAGCAGUGGCAAAAGUCACACUCAUUCUAUGGCGGUAAACCACAUCGAUGUGGAUCCUUGCGGUGAAUAUGUGGCCACAUGCUCCGAUGACGGUCGCGUCAACAUUACGAAAUUAUUCAACUGGAAGAACAAUCGAAGUUUCAUUUCGGGCAAGUUUAUCAAAGCGAUUGCUUUGGCUCCCGAAGACAAAUCCAGCAGGCGUUCUUUUGUUGUGGGGAACGAUAAGCUCACUCUCUAUGAACCCAACUUGCUACAUCGUCUAAAGCCUAGGGAAUUGUGCGCUGUGGAAGGUAGCGUGUUGUCCAUUAGCUGGCAGGGCUAUUUUGUCGCUUGGGCGAGUCAUUUGGGAGUAGGUGUCUAUGAUCUGAGAGAGAAAUGUUCGCUGGGACUGAUGAAAUGGGAGGUGCCAACGCAAGCACGUCAAGAAAACUUUCGCUGCCACCUACGUUGGUCGAAUCCAACGACGUUGUUGAUCGGCUGGGUGGACACCAUACGCAUUUGUGUGAUACGGAAAGGCGAUGCAAUGGAAACAUCCUCUAACAACUUGCCCGGCUAUGUUUUAGAUCCAGGUGGACCUGUGUAUGGCUACAGUUUCUUUGUAAAUAAUUUAAUAAUAUCUUUUUCAGUUUCCACAUUUCAAACAUCUUUCCACAUUUGUGGUCUGGCGCCGCUGGCGGCCAAUCAGUUUGUUGUGCUAGGAUAUCGUAAGGAACGCAGCGUGAACAAUAAAGCAUUGCGUCCUGUGCUCUGUGUUAUUGAGUACAAGAUGAAUGCAUUCGAGGAAGUUUGUACAGAAAACAUAAAUCUGCAGGGCUUUGAGGAGUACACAGUCAAUGAUUAUAACCUGGGCUCUAUUACUGAGGAGAAUCGUCUCUUCAUCAUUACGCCCAAGGACAUUGUCGUGGCCAGCCUGGCUAGCACAGAUGAUCGUCUAGAGUGGCUGAUUGGGCACAACAAAUUUGAAGAAGCUAUGGAAAUGUCAACACAAGGUUGUAGUCUUUCACUGCUGUCCGUGGCCAUAAUGUAUAUAAACCACUUGUUGGAUAUCAAAAAAUAUGAAGACGCAGCAAAGUUGUGUCUUCGUGAGCUGGGUAACAACAAAGCCCUUUGGGAAGAACACGUCUUGAAGUUUGCCAAGUGUCAGCAACUGCGCUGUCUGAGUGCUUAUUUACCCACAUUGGAGGAUUGUACCAUGGAUCCACAUUUCUAUGAAAUGGUACUGUUCGAGUUUCUCAAGUUCGAUGUUAAUGGAUUUCUUAAACUAAUUAAAGAGUGGCCACCGCAGCUGUACGAUGGCUGGGCCAUUAUUAAUCUCAUACAUGAAACUUUUAGGAAACAAAGUACCAAUGAGUUGCUGGAGUCCAUAGCCCUAUUAUAUAUCUAUCAAGGCGAUUCUAACAGCGCAUUGCGCUAUAUGUAAUGUCCAUAUAGUAUAAGAUUCAAGGAUAUUUUCUUGCACCUAUUAAAUAUGUUCUUUGCUUUCUUUUCGCAUCUGUAAAAAUUCACUAUUAAUAAAACUUUACAAAAUAAA